AUGCUCGAUUCCCUCACAAACCCUGUUCCCGCACACCGGAGCUUAGCGAUUGCCACCUGCACACCGGAGCUUCUGCCGCCUGCACGCCGGAGUUUAAGCCGCCUUCUGCAUAUCAGUGCUGCCGCCUUCUGCACAUACACAUCUCAAAUAACUCAAGACAUAUUAACCUUUUUCUUUGCCACUGAGGAUUUACAAUUAGAUCUUGAGGGCUUGAUUACUUGCGUUUUUUGGGGAUUUAUUUCAAUUCAUGUGGAAUUAACUAGCAGUAGCUUUAGGGGGAUUAAACGUCGUUUCUUGAAUAAGGAAACGAUUUUGAAUAAGGCAUGGGUCAAAGUAAAAGAUCGUUCAUCUAUUGAUUAUGUAAAUGGUGUUGAUCAGUUUCUAAAUUUUGCUCUUUCCAAAGUAAGAGAAGAUGAUCGAGAUAGCACUAAUAUUAGGUGUCCUUGUAAUAGUUGUAGCAAUAUAUUUCUUAAAACAAAAUGUGAUGUAAGAUUAUACUUGCUUAAGAGAGGAAUGUAUGAGAAGUACACUUUUUGGGAACUUCACGGGGAAGAAUUAGUUGAAUCAAGUGAUGGGGAUGAUGUUAAUGAGUCGAAUGACACUGAUAGUGGUUUCACAAUGUUACAAGAUGCAUGUGGAGUUGGUGCUAUGAAUGUUGGGAGUGCUGAAGAGGGUUUAAAUAAUGUUGCGGAGUAUGAGAAACCUAAUGCAAAUGCAAAAAAGUUUUUCAAACUUUUAGAGGAGUACCAAGAACCAUUAACAAUGCAUGGCACAACAAUGUCUAAGUUGUCAUAUAUUGUUAAAUUAUUACAUUUAAAGGUUUUGAAUAAUUGGUUUGAUAACUCUUUUGAUAGUAUACUCCAAUUAGAACGUCAAGGCUAUGGAGCUUACCUUCCAACUUCUUAUAACGAGGCUAAGAAACUCAUUAAAGACUUAGGCCUUGAUUAUUAUAAGAUUGAUGCUUGUGAAAAUGAUUGUAUUCUUUAUUGGAAAGAGCAUGAAAAAUUGAUUGAGUGUCCCACUUGUGGUUUAUCAAGGUGGAAACGAGAAAAUGAAGGCUCUUCUAAGGGGUGCAAAGAAAGGGAUGCUACUAAAACAUAUAGAGUGAAUGAUUGUGAUAGGAUCAUAGAUGAUGAUGCCCUUUUUAGGGAAAAGGAGGAUGAUACGUUUUUGGAGGAUGACAAUGCGAGUGCGGUGGAUGAUACAAUGAGACAUCCAUCUGACUCCUUUACAUGGAAAUCAUUUGAUGAAGAGUAUAGUGAAUUUGCUAAAGAGGUGCGAAAUGUUAGACUUGGACUAGCUUGUGAUGGCUUUCAGCCUUUCAAUAAUUCACAACAUAGCAUAUGGCCAGUGGUUCUUAUCCCUUAUAAUUUUCCUCCUUGGUUAUGCAUGAAACCUUAUUCAUUUAUGCUAUCUUUACUAGUACCAGGUCCAACAGGUCCUAGAAUUAAUAUGGAAGUCUACCUUCAACCACUUAUUGAGGAGUUAAAGGAGCUUUGGGAGGUUGGUGUUGAAACCUAUGAUGCUUACUCUAAAACAAAUUUCAUCUUGCGUGCAUCACUACUGUGGACUAUCAAUGACUUUCCUGCAUAUGCAGAUUUAUCUGGAUGGUCUACCAAAGGUUAUUACGCUUGUCCAUGUUGUCAUAAGGAAACUAAACGGACUUCGUUGAUGCAUAAGGGUGAUUAUUUAGGGCAUCGUCGUUGGCUUCCAAUGAAUCAUAAGUGGAGAAAUGAUGCCAGUUCUUUUGACGGUAAAAUUGGAAAAGGUGUUGCACCAGUUCCAUUGAGUGGGGAUGAUGUAUUACAACAUUAUAGCCGAUUCUCAAAAGCAAAAUAUGGGAAGAUUGUAGGGAACAAAAGAAAAAGGGAUGCUUCUAAUAGCUUGUUUGGGUGGAAAAAGAAAAGCAUUUUCUUUAAUUGCCUUAUUGGAGGAAAUUAA